GGCAGGCAGGAGGGUGUCCACAUCGACCCCUGGGAGGAUGCUGACUACAGCAUCUAUAAGGUCACAGACCGCCACGGCUUCCUGCAGUAAGUUAACAUGACGUCUCUGACAGUGUUCAUCUCUCUUCUGGAGACUUACAGCCAGGGGUUCACCCCAACCAUGUUCCUAGAUUUAGGGCUUCAACUUUAGCAGGGUACUGGGGUUAGAGUACACACACACACACACAACACACACAGGAGGAAAAGAGAAGGGAAGCCUUAAAUCACUGUAAUGAACGCGCCAUUAUCCACUGACUCACCUUUUGUUUGUGUCUUUCUCCUCAGCGAAGAGGAGCUGCUGACUCCCAGCGCAAUUGAAGAGAAGGUAUGUACUGCUGACCACCUUUGGGUUGAUUGAUUGAUUUGUUGAUUUGUUCUGUCCUCCCUUCUUCAGCAAAAGCAUCAGGAGAUUGAGCGGGUGGAGAAAUGGCUGAAGAUGGUCAAGAAGUGGGACAAGUACAGGAACAGUGACAAGGUGACCGACCCAGUGCUGACUAUACACACCACAAACUCCUCCUCAGCCCUCUCCUCCUCUCUCUCUCUCAUUUGUUCUUUGCUUCCCUUUUUUAAUCUCACAUCAAUCUCCAGUCUUAUAAUUUUUGGGACGGGGGGAAUCGUUAUUUGUAGUUUUCCUUUUUACUCUUUUAGCCCCUGCGUCUUUCUUUAGAUGGUAAAGAUAGUGUACUAGGGGAACCUCCUCUCUUUAAUGAUCACCCCAUCUCUACUGAUAUCUCCUACUCUCUCUGGUUUUUCUCUUUCUGGUCUUUCAUUCUGGUCUCUUUCGCUCUCUCCUUCUCUCUCUGGUCUCUGUAGAAGGUGAAGCAUGUUUAAGGCAGUUGUCCUAAUAUAUAUCUUCCUCUCUCUUUCUCUGGUAUCUCUUUCUUUGGUCUCUCUCUCUAGAUGGUGAAGCGUGUGUACAAGGGAAUCCCCCUCCAGUUGAGAGGCCAGGUCUGGGCUCUGCUACUGGACAUAGAGAAGGUGAAGCAGGAGAACUCUGGGAAGUAUGAGGUAAGCACACUAUAGCACUAAACCUCUUCUCCCUCCAUCUUGCCAUCUUAUAGGCUUGGUGGAAUGUUUGUUAUAUUGCACACCUAUUGGAUCCUUUCAGAUCUACAGAAGAGCGUAUGGGGUAGGGGCUAGGGGUUGAUUUGGGAUUCUGCAGAAGGGUAGCUCUCCUGGAGGAGGGUUGGCUACGCCUUGUAUACAGCAGACCUGGGUUUAAAUAAUAUUAGGGUAUUUCAAUUACUUUCAAAGACAUUUGGAAGUAAGUAUUUUGAUUUUUGUUUUAUUUGAAUAGAGAAGUAAUUGAAUUGUGGAAUGUAUUUGGAAAUACACUUGGAAACUGAAUCAAAUAUACUCCCAUACAUUUAACCCAGGUCAGUUUGGUAUUGGUUUGGUAUUUUAAAUAAUGUAUUAUUCUUUCAAAUAGUAGGGUAUUUAUAGGAAAGUAUUUGAAAAUACUUUCAAAUACUUCCAAUAGGAGUAGUUGAUUUGGGCCACAUUAUUUGUAAAUACUCAAAUACACAGAAAAUAAGUAUUUAAAUAACAAAUAAUCAAAAACACAUGUAUUUGAACCCAGGUCUGGUAUACAAAAACUGAUGUUAUUUUGCUUGGUUCCUCUGUGGCCAGACUAUGAAGGAGCAGGCCAGGAGUUUCUCUACAGAGAUCAAACAGAUUGAUCUGGACGUCAACAGAACCUUCCGGAACAACAUCAUGUUCAUGGACCGCUUUGGAGUC